AAAGUCAAAGUCUCUUUUAUGCUGCCUGUAUAGAAAUUUCAUCCAAUUUGAGACCUCAUGUGACGUUUAAUGGAACUAAGCAGGUUGGCAGGGAACAGGAAAUAAACGGUCACGUGACACAUUCCAAAAAUAAAACCAAUAUGGCGGUUAUAAGCAAAAUGGGAGCACUUCUUUGCAUAAUACUUCUGCUGGGACUACAUUAUCCAGGACUGUCGAACUGCACGUUGGCCCAAAAGGUUAGUAGGGCAACUCUUUGCAGCUCCUCAACAGCGACGUGCAACAAGACGAUGCACGUCGACACCAAAAGCCGUCGCGCCCGCAACGUUUUCUCGAACCUGUGGAAAAAGCUGACCAGGAAAGGGGAGGAGUCGGACGAGUGGAACGUGUCCCCAGAGGAAGGCGCCGAGAUUUUUAGGCAGUACUACGAAUGUCUGAAAAAACGCGUGGCGGAAGGGAAGGCCUUGCAGAGCGGCAAACUGAUGCCAGUCCACGCCUUCCUUGUACUCGGUGGCGAGACUGUUACAAUGACUUGUCUUGUAUGCAUGAGGCCAGACCAGCACAAGCGAUCCCAGCUUGCUGUCUGGCAGCACGUGCGCCGCUCUGACUCCUCGUUUGGUCCCGUGAUACCUGACGGCGAGAGGGUCACCAUAACCAGUAUGAGCUCCCUGAUCAUCAAGGAAACCAGGGUGGAGGAUGCCGGCCAGUACACGUGUCUGGAUCGGAGCGAGUUUGCGGCUGUCUACCAGGUUGACAUUCUUAUGAAGGAACGGCGAAAGAUGGUUCGCCUUGGAAGUCGUCGGCAGGGCGACAUCUACCUGCCCUCUCAUAACCUCGUUGUGCUGACCACGUGGGCGGCCUGGGGAGAGUGUGACACGUGCGACGAUGUGGGGUACAGACGGCGGCGUGGAACAUGCGUGGUCAAGAAGCUGUAUGCACAUCAACCAGUGAAGCCGAAUGACUUUCCCCUGAUGACUCUGUUCCCGGAGGGAGUACCUUGCCGCUCCACCGCUGUCCCUGUCCAGUUGCGCUUCAUGCGAGUCAUACGCCAUCGCUUAGAGGAAACCUUGGUGGACAAGUGUAACGUGACCUGUCCCACCCAGCCACCCCCGGUGAUCAUCAAGGACAGCGAGGGAAAUCCCAUCGAGCUCCUAGAGGGAGAGUACCAGUCAUUCGGCGAGAAGGUUUCGAUUCCCAAAACCACCAAGCGGAAGGUGCUCUAUGAACCAGAGGGGACGCAUCUUGUGCUGACGUGUACCAGUGACAUUGAGAGCGACCGCGAAUUCGCCAAAGAGAAGGGCGUGCGGUGGAUGCGGGGCAAGACGCGAGUGGAUCCCCUCACCACCCGACGUAGGACGAGAGGACGAGUGUGGGUGGACAGCGCUAACAGACUGCACAUCAAGCAACUCAUGCUGUCCGACACCGCCGUCUACAACUGCUGGGAACGAAUGCAGCACCUGGUGGCCAUCAAGGUGCUGGUAGUAGACAGCAUGAACCGGUACCUGAGGGACUACAUCACGUACGGGGGUCUGGGAUUCACCGUCGUCGGCUGCCUUGUGUCGUGCUGCUGCGUGCUGCAGUCCAAGUCCAAAAAAACUGCCAAGUGAUGUAGGCACAGCAUGCAGGUCAUGAGUCGCAUUGUUCCUCCCAGUAAAGAUAUUGCGUCAGGGGCAAAGGUCGCUUUGUUGUUGCCCCGAUGAAGGUCGCCUGUGAGAAAAGGAGCGAACAUGCGUGCAAGAGAGCAAGUGAGAGAUACACGUAGUUGUCGACUUACGAGUGAGUUGCGUUGUGACUGACUGCUCGUAAAUCGAUUUGGAUGUAAGUCGGUCUUCGUCAUACUUUUUCAGUACAUUAAUGCGUUAAAAUGUUGUGAGUUUUGAUCUUAACUCAGUACAUAAUUAUACAUUAAUUAUUAUAUAAUACAUUAAUAUACAUUGAUGACUAUAAUUUAGCGACAACGCAAAUAAUCAGUAAUCAGUAUUGCAUAACAAACAUUACUUAGCAUUAGUGUAACAAGCAUUUCACGAAAUCAGUCCACAACUUCUAUCAUCUAUCGAUCAACUUUGACAAUCUUUUUAUAAAUAAUAGUAAUAAAUACUACAUUUGUACAGCUCCUUUUUCAUGCAUUCAUUUCUUCCCAUGGUGCAACAUUUUUGAUGCCCUAGAGAAUAUUGCAGUUUCUUCUUUCCAAAAGUAACAGUGAUGACCCCUUACCAGUGUCAGAGGCUUCAGCAAGUGUAGAUAAAUAAUAAGUAACAACAAGUUAAUGACAAACCAGAGAGAAAUGGCUCAUCCACUAAGUACAACGCCACUUGUAAGAAGGUGACCUGCGAGCAGCGGGUACAGAAAGCUGUAUCAGAGGCUGAUAACUCCUGAAACACGCGUGCUACGAUGGCGUUGAAAUGAUGAUAGUGGAGUUCAAAGAGCACACUCGUGACCAUCUACCGUAUCUACUAUCCUAACAGUGCAUGAUUUCCUCCUUCCUCUCACGGGCACGGUUAAUGAACUUGUAUUUCAACACGAUGUAAGCUGGGAGAUGUCCGGGACGGCUACAACAUCAUUGAAUAAGCUGACCAAACGCCGUCACCAUGGAGAACGUGAGCGCAUAUCAUUCCAACGCGACACUCAAGGCAGUGGAUGCUGUCUUCAUCAUUCUGACUAACAUCACCUCCUUCACAUCCAUAGUCUGCUGCUUAGCGGUUAUCGCCUUUUACUGGAAGUGGCCACAUCUGCGCACCACACCUCGGAAGCUGCUGCUUCAUCUUUGCCUCGCGAACUUCGUGCAAUGUUUUGGAAGCAUGCUUCAGGCGUUAACAUACUUCCAAAGUCUUAAGUUCCCUGAUGAACGAGAUUUGAUCUGUGAGAGUGCUGCCUCCAUUUCUGUGAUGGGUCAAGUGGCUAGCGCAAUGUGGACCUGCGCAAUCACUGUUCACCUUUUUAUUGCGAUCACUCUGAGGGCAGUCGAUCUCGCCGACAAGCUUGUCAUCAUCUUCUACAUUUUUGGCUGGGGUGUGCCAUUGAUGGUGGCCAUAAGCGCAGGCAUUGCAGACGUGUAUGGUUACGAUAUCACGGACAUUUUGUACUUCGACCACCCGACGGUGUGCUGGAUCAGCGACAAGGUGACCAACAAGCUCGACUGGUACCUCAUCACCAUAGAGGGCUGGGUCAUCGCUACAUACUUCAUCACCACUCUCCUUUUCAAUGUCAUCAACUUCUCUGUAAUUUGCAAGACUACUCGUGUGAAUCCAAGUCCUGAGGCCAGAGGGAACUACAAUGGAAGACAUGGCCGCGCAGUCGGCCACCCGUAAAAUGCGAUACAUUCCACUCAUAUACUGUUUUCUGCGGAUGUGGGGGACAGGACAUCUACUUUUCACGGAGUAUCCAGCCGUCAGACAUAUGCGUGCCUUUGACUGGCUCCUUGUGAUCAGAGCAUUUGGUGAUAACGCUCAAGGACUGGCCAACUUCCUGCUCUUCUGUUUCACGACAAUCCAGAUUCGUCUCCGGAUGUACCGAGCGGCCAGGAUGUGCUUCUCUUGCUUCGGACUGUGGUGCAGGAAACAGAGGAGGAGACUGGCAGACGACAAAUGGCUGCCACGUCCCAUUGUGCGCAUGCGCGUCAUGAAGACGGCGAAACGCCGAUCUGUCGAUGGCAGCGACUUGGAUAUUUCGGGAAUUUCUCUGGACUUGCCCACGCAGGAAGAGCUGGAUGAGAUUAUUAAGCACACCGAAGACGAGGUACUUUUUCAACGAUAAAGUGAAUGACAACUUCACCGUCCAAAGUCCGGGAAUACCUCUCUCCCUUGUGACAGUUUUACUCAUAACUCGUACUGGGCAGGACUUCGUUGGUCCCAGUUUUUGCGGGCCUUCACGCGAACACUGACGUGAAUGACUGCCGGAGUUGUUUUUGGAAGAAAGAACGAAUAACCACUGGACGAUUUUCGCUUCCUUUCUGCUAAUAAGAACUAAGUGAGGAAAGUAAUUUGUCUUGUCAGGCAAAUACGACAGAAAUACAAAAACAUUUAAACAAUUUAAAAUUUUUAAUGGAUAGUUUUAAUAUUUAAAAAAAUUAGAAAUGUUUAUAAAAUACUUUCAAUGACAGUUUUAUUGCACAAUAAUCCUGAGGCACCAAGUGAAGCAAUUUACUUGUGAGGUAAAAUAAAAGCAAUACUGUUA